CACCAGUCAGUAUGACAGAAAGUAAGCAAGACGCUAUUUUCUCUUCAUCUGAUAUCUAGUAUAAUGAAACAAACAAAACAACCAGCUAUGAACAUAAGCUAUGAACGACCUGAGUCAGAGCCUGCAGCUGACAACCUUUGUGAAGUGGAUGGCUUUCACUCAUGGUCCAUAAGAGUUGAAUAUUAUAGGUCACUUGAGUAUAAUCUAAAGUGGGGAAGCCACAUGCGUACCAGACAGUCCUCCAGACUCCAAAACUCCUCCAAGAAGAAUGCCCAGGAAAGUCCCAGCCCAAAUAAAGGUGUUAUCCAGGGCCGGGUGAGGAGUAGGAGACAUCCGACAUGGCUGAAGGAGGCAGACGAUGGUGAAGUUAAUACAGAUGAGGGGGGCAGCCUAGACAUCAUCGACCUCAUCAACAGCACUCACGAUGAGGAGCAUGUGACGGUGGAGGACGAUGGAAAGUUUGUAGAGGUACCUGAUAAGGGAGUUGAUGAGUCCGAUGAAGACUGUGGCUCUGAUAACAGCAGCAUAGUUUCAGGUCCAUCAUUCCUACAAUUGAAUAGUCCCAAGAAGCUGAAGCCUUUAUAUGGCCUGUGCCAGGCCUGUAGGAAGCUCAACCAGAAGGCAAAGAAGAUGAAGGCGCCGAUCAAAGAUAAAGUCUUAGACAAUGAUCCCUCCUCCCUGACAUGUGAUCAGUGGGUCCUGCUUAAACAGUGGAGACCAAGGAGGCUGCCUGACUCAAGAAGGGAUCUUUUGAUGCAUGUAUGGCUUGUGGAGAAAAGGCUGCUGGAAACAAAAGUAAAGCGAAGCGAGCAGUAUUUAGGAGACUCAUCUGUCUGCUCAAGGUCGCACACUUUCCUCCAGAGGAACCUCAGGCAGUGUGUCAAAGUGCCGGCGAAAAAGCAGAGAAAGAACAAGAAGAAAGGGAAGAAGAGAGCAAGAGAUGAUUCUCAGAGUUCUCGCGUCGCCAAGCAGAAGCGUCUCCACAGCAACAAUGCAGGUCGACACACCAGCAUUAACUGUGCCGAUGACAACGGGCACAGUAGGAGUCCUGAUUCUGAGGGUUGGCGCGAUGAAGAGCGUGAAGAUACAGCAGACGCACAUGUGACUGAGUUGACCCCGUUCUCAGUCACCUACACACCGCCAGUACACAUCCCAACCAAGCAGAAAGCAGCGAGGAACGCGACUGGAUUUAGAGGCUUGCUUGCCCAGAUACGUGGCAACAGCAGCAUGAUUGUCAGAGAAACACGUUGA